CCUGUACCACUACCCACUUCCCCCCCAAAACAAAAAUUCGAAUUCCCACCCAUAAUACUGUUGUACAGUUCAUUUUCUGUGUUGUUUGAUGUACACAGAGCAUUUCCAAUCCAAAAAGCUUCACUCUCACUCACAUCUGCGCCAGAUUUUCAACGAUGUUGCUCCAGCAUCCGCACUACCUAUCCACCGUCCUACAAGGCCCAAACUCAUCACUGAGGAAGAGCCUACUACCCUCGACCAAGAGCAGAGGCUCAGCGCACAGAUAGUUGCGCAAGGCGAACCAGCAGCAGUAGCAGUAGCAGUAGCAGCCCGAACCAUCCAUCCAUCCAUCUCAGCUCCACUACUCCAAAACGACCACUCUGACGACUCCUCCCAAAUCACUCUAUCCCCCGCUGCCAUGUUCCUCUCCGCAUUCAGUCCACCCUCCACAGCUUCCGUACCUUCUUCACUCCCAGACGACGAAGGCGAAACCGUAGCAGGAUACACACUCAACGGAAUCAUCGGCUACGGCGGCUUCUCCAUCAUCAGACGAGCCUAUUCCUCCUCUGGAGGUGUUGUUGCUGUUAAAAUCGUGCGAAAUUCGGAUUUGAUGAAGCAAGGACAAGGGCAAGGGAAGAGUACGAAUACGAGUGCGGCGAGGAGAAGGAUAGACCAUGAGACGAGGGUAUGGUCUACUCUUUGUCAUGAACAUAUCCUUCCAUUGUUUACAUCCGUACACACCUCCUAUGCCGACUUUUUCGUCACACUUCUAUGUCCCUGUGGAUCGUUGUUUGAUAUCCUCAAACGAGAUGGAAGGCCGGCGCUCCCGCAGGACGAUGCAGGGAUGAUGUUUCGACAGGUCGUGAGAGGGUUAAGGUAUUUGCAUGAGGUGGCUGGGUAUGUUCAUCGUGAUAUGAAGUUGGAGAAUGUGUUGGUUGAUGAGAUGGGGACGUGUAAGAUUGGGGAUUUCGGGAUGGCGAGGAAGAUUGGGGAGGUGUUGGAGGAGGAUGUUGAAGAAGAGGAUGAAGAAGAAGGGGAGGGGGAGGUACCGGUGAUGGGAGGAGUACACCGUGCUGCGUCGGUUUCUCAACCCACUGCUCCUCCUAUUGUUACACCCCGGAGGACUGGGUUGGGUGGUAUGCCGUUACAUCAUUCAUUAAGGCUUCCUCGUCAGCGUACGGCUACUAGUACUGUUCAUACCCAUCCGCCCAUGUCGGUGAAACUCAUUCAACCAGGAUCCUUACCCUAUGCUGCCCCGGAGUUGUUGGGACCUUCGUCUGAUUCGGGUAUCCGACCACCGGAUCCUGCGCAGGAUAUGUGGGCACUUGGAGUGAUGUUGUAUGCGUUGCUUACGGGGAGGUUGCCGUUUGUGGAUUCGUUUGAACCGAGGUUGCAAAUGAAGAUUUUGCAUGCGGUUUACGAUAUCCCUCAUGGUAUCGGAUCAGGAACUGAACGUAUUCUUCAAGGAUGUCUUGAUCGAUCUAUUAUGACUCGAUGGUCGGUGGCUAUGGUGGAUGAGGUAGCUUGGGGAGUUGGAUGGGGGACUGAGAAUGUGGAUGUGGCGAGUGAUGAGGAGUUGCGGUGUCAGACUGCUACUGCCACUGCCACUACUGGUACUACACCAGCGACGUCCCAGUCGAGGUCGAGAUCGAGGGUGGGUGUGGGUGUGGGUGUAGCCGAUAUACAUGUUCCUGAAAGUCCACGCUCGUGGGAUCAUGCCAAUACGCGAAAGGGAGCAUCAGCUGAUGUAGCUUCGAGAAGGUCCAUGUCGAGAACGAGAAGAUCGUUAUCGAGAGCGCCGGUGUUGACGGAUGAGGUGUCGGUGGAGAGGAAUGUGGAGAGGGCUGGGAGGAGGGUGGGGAGGGGGUUGGUGGUUUCGGGUGUUUCUUCCGUUUCGACUUCGGCUUCUUCUUCGUCGUCGGCUUCGGAGGUCUCAUCACCUUCUUCAUAUGGCCAUGCUGGCGAUGGCGAUGGCGAUGCGUAUGGAUUUGUCGUCGAACGUGGAAGAAGUCUAAGGAAGUCUGUGGUCGUCACUACCAACCCAUCACGUUCGCCUAGUCCUGGGUUCGUUUUUUUGAAAACGCCGGUUGAUGACACGGGGUUUUCGUCGCCUCCGCCAUUACAGGAGGAUGUUGAUGAUGGUGAUGGUGAGGACCAGGAUCAGGAUCAGGAUCAAGACCCAGACCCAGACCUAGAGGCGCAUACGCAUACGCAGAUGACGAACGUUCGUGCGUCCGCUACACCAUCCUUACGUUCCUCAUCUAAAUCCCAAUCCAAAUCUGGAAUCCAAACACCUACAUCUAACAGUAACAACAACACCGUCGCUAGGGCGAGGGAAGGUGAUCUUGGAGCCUACCAUCCAGAUGACCCGCGUCAUCGGGUAUUCUCAAUCAGUGCUUCGCCGAGGUCAGAUCUUGGCGUUGGCGUUGGCGUUGGCGUUGGCUUGGAGGGUGACGGUGUGGGUGAGGGUGAGGGGUCGGUAGGAGAGGACUGGGGUAGUUCUGGAAGCGAUGGUGUACCAACUGCUGAAGACGGGGACGGGGACGGGGACGGGGGGGAAACGGAGCCGUCGCCAUCGACUUCAUUUGGUGAGAACGCUGUUGCUGCGUUUAUGAUGCAACUGCAACUGCAACGUCCAGGGACCCUGGGGACACUUGCGCAGUCGAGGAGUUGUGAGAGUGAUAAACGACCGAGGGCGUUUGAGGAGUGGGGGUGUCGUUCGAGGCAGCAUGGGUCGAAGACGAGAGCGGGGAGUGUGCCUCCUGCUUCUGGGGAUGUUGGUUCUUGGCGGUUCGCCACGUCGUCGUCGAGGUCUCAUUCCAGAGGGAGGAAUGGUACCACCUCCAACAACAACGACAACCACGACGACGAUAGUGGCGGCGGGGGCACGACUGGGCUUGUGACCUCGGCUGCUGUGAACAUUCCGGGACGAAGUAGGAGUGUCGACCCGUUAUCGUUCACGUCUGCGCACAAUUUAAAGCCUCGGUUUGGCGUCUAGAUAAGGAUGAGCGAUAAGGGAUAAGGGAUAAGGAUCGCUUUCGCGGUUGCGCCUCCGCCCCCUCUGUCCCCCCUUCCCCAUCAUAACCUCGUGUCAUCCCUAAUCUCUGUUUCGGACCCUCGAAAAUCAAGUAAACGCGUACGAUAUAUAUGCCCUUAUCCUUCUCCCCUCCCCUCUCCCCCGCCCUUUAUCGUAAUCCUCUUAUCCGCGUACGCGGAGGUAAGGAGGUUGGAUGGUGAGGCGUGGAUGGGUAUGCGGAAUGUUUUCUUUUCUUUUUUUUUGAAGAGUAGGAAUGCGACAAAAGAUAUAAUUUCGAGCUACUCAAAACGUAACCCCCCCCCUUCCUUUCCCUUCCCUUCCCUUCCCUGGGACUCUCCGCUCUGUCUAUCGCUAUCGCUAUCACGGUCAGAAAAGUAAAAAAGCUGGAGCUUAAACCCAAACUCAAACCCAAACCCAUUCUACUCGACGCCCUCGAAUUGUGAACAUUUCUAGUUCCGGUUUCGUCGUAUCCGUUACCGCUUAUCGCUAUCGCUAUCAUUUUACCGCACUAAAAACACCCAUUAAUAACCAAAACCCCCACCAUCGAACUCGAAUAUGUCCAUCGCCUCAUGGCUAUACCUACUCCUCGAAGCCUCCAACACCCUCCUCACGUUUUUCCGCACCCAUUCCCCACCACCUCUACUCCCCCCGGUAUUUUUCCCGUUGUAUAUUGUGUUUUUGUUGUUCCUGGGCACAUAUCUCUUUUUCCCUCCUCAUUCUCAUUCAGGGGGUUUAUUUGGUCGUGAGGAGUCGACUAGUGAAUAUUUGGUGUGUCUUUGUGUUUCGUUUGUGGGUUCUGUUGUUUCGAUGUAUUAGGUACCUUUUUUGGGUUGGAGGUCUGUAAAUACCCGUUUUUUCCGCUUCCGCUUCCGCUUCCCCUGCUCAAUCACUUACUUACUUAUGUCUCGUCUCUCUCUACUCUCUCAUCAUUUUUUGUAUACGUUUCUCUCCCUCUCCCCCUUCCCGCUAUUGUAGCCAGUAUGAGUUUGUUUUCAUAGCGAACGGUUGGAACCGUUUUGUUUUUCCUUGUUAUUUAUUAUAUUUGUACAUACCGUACCGUACCGUACAUUGAAAUGGGAUAUGUGAUAUGAUUUUUUUGCGGCG